CCAUCCCGUACGUCAUGGCGCACGUUGGUGUUGCCAAUUAGCGGUUUAAAACUCAGAACCGAGUACUCUCUUAACCGGACAAGGUGUGGAAUACCGAUCUAUAUAAGGGAGGCACUCCCCCUCCCAAAGAAAAGGAUAAAAAAACCCUUCUCUUUCUCUCCUCAUAGCCUACAGCACUUUAUGGUCUUCCGCCACUGAUGCUCAUUAAUCCUUCUUUUCAUACUUUUCAUUACUAAGAAAUGGAGGAUUGGUACCUCGAUGAAAGCCACAGGUGUACAGAGGAAUGGGAAGACUUGGAGAUCGAGCAAUACAUCAACUGGGACCACACCUCGGUCGACGGUCUAACAACCAUGCAAGUCGAGCGCCCGAGCAACAAUGGAGUCUCCGCUGAAACAGCCCGUCAUCCGAUAGAGGUAGCUGUGCCGGUCUGCUAUUUUAAUGGAACUGGCUUUGAACAAACACUUCCGUUCGGGUCUGCUGAAGGUCUCCCUAUGGAUGCACAGGUGGUGGGCAUAGCCGGCGCCGGCGGCUUUUCGAACAUCACCGGGCUUUCCCUUACAACUGACGCCUGGUUCGUGGAUGGUGCACCGUCGCCCUACACUCCACCCACCUAUGACGCUCAAUCACAGCUAUCAUCACAUCUGCAGGCUCAAAGCAUUUUUACGCCUGAUUUACAGUGGCAGACGCAAGAACAGCAGCAGCCUGGAUCGACAAUUCAGGUUUUGCAUGGACAGGGAAUACAACCACAAAAUCAUCCACAGGUUUACCAACAGACGGUCACACCGAUUACACAGGAGAUUUGUUCACCACCGCAGCAAGCUCAGUUCGAGCUGACCGAGCAAGAGCUGCAAAAGGCCCAUUAUCAGUUACUACAAGUUCACCCAUCCCUGUUCGCAUCUUACGCCACUCCAUUGUCACCCCAGCAGGUAAGCUAUAGAGGUUCCCGUUUUUGUGCCUGAUAUAUAUCCUUAUGGGAGUGUACUAACCACGGUUGAGCUUGUCGUGUAUCGAUCGUAGAACGAAGUGUUGAAACCGACAUCAGAUCCCGCCCUUCCAGAACAAUAUGAUGCGGCCCCCUCCUCGGCGUCAUCUCUAGGUUCCGACGCGCAGAUACCAACUCCUCCCGAGCAUCAGAUUG